ACAUGCCCCCGCUCCUCCGCUCCCUCUCCUCUCCGCCGCCGCCGCCCAGUCUCCUCCGCCGCAGGCAGCCCCUCCGCGUCCGGUCCCUCGACGCCGCCCAGCCCUUCGACUACGAGGCCCAGCUCCGAUCCCACUUCCGCCGGUCCUCCCCGACCCUGAAGAUCGCCAUCCUCGGGUUCGGCAACUUCGGCCAGUUCCUCGCCAAGACCUUCGUCUCCCAGGGCCACACCAUCCUCGCCCACUCCCGCUCCGACUACUCCUCCGUCGCCUCCGAGCUCGGCGUCGCCUUCUACGGCGACCCGCACGACCUCUGCGAGCAGCACCCCGAGGUCGUCCUCCUCUCCACCUCCAUCCUCUCCACCGAGCUCGUCCUUCGCUCCAUCCCGUUCCAGAGGCUCAAAAGGAGCACCCUUUUCGUCGACGUCCUCUCGGUAAAGGAGUUCCCUCGCGACCUCUUGCUGAGAUAUCUGCCUGCCGAGUUCGACAUCCUGUGCACGCAUCCCAUGUUUGGGCCCGAGAGCGGUAAGCAUUCGUGGGCGGGGCUUAGCUUCGUGUACGACAAGGUUAGGAUUGGGGACGAUGAAUCGAGGGUCGAUAGGUGCGACAAGUUCUUGGAUAUCUUUGCUCGGGAGGGUUGUAGGAUGGUGGAGAUGAGCUGUGCCGAGCAUGAUCGGUACGCGGCCGGGUCGCAGUUCUUGACCCACACUGUGGGAAGGGUGUUGGAGAAGUUGGGAUUGGAGUCGUCGCCGAUCAAUAUCAAAGGGUACGAGACCCUGUUGGAUUUGGUGGAGAACACGUCCCGGGAUAGCUUUGAUUUGUACUAUGGAUUGUUCCUGUAUAAUGAUAACGCGAUGGAGCAGCUGAACAGGUUGGACAUGGCAUUCAAGACGAUACAGAAUGAGCUGUCUGGGCGAUUGCAUCGGAUUUAUCGGAAACAGUUGUUCGGCGAUGCGGAGGGGGCGAGAGAAUUGGGCAUGACAAGAUCCAUGGUACAGAAGUUGCUCUCUAAUGGUGCUCCUCCACAUGCCGAACCUCCUUCGGAUCCAGACGAUGCUACAUGAUCGAAUACCUGAAAAUGUCGCCUGCUGGGUAAUAGUUCGCUUUGCCUUGAGCUGCAUUGUAAAAGAUGUUUCCUUUUGCUGUGUUAGGCAGUCAGUACGAUCGGUUGUGGCCUCUUAUCUAUCUAUUGAAAGGCCAUGUUUGUUCAUCUGGUGACCAAUGUGUAAAUUGGUUAGGUGGUCCGCUAAUAGUUUUGAGACUUUGUCCAUGUGUCUCUUAGAACAGAUCGGCUUCUGUGUAGCCAAGUGAAAUUCGAUUGUUAUUACGCAAUAAAAAGUUGCUCAACGAUUCCAGUA